UUAUUUUUACUUUGAUAGUGCCGAACCUGGAACACAGAGUUUGAAGCUUGAAGCUUGGAGCUUGAAGCUUGAAGUUAGAGAGAAGCGAAGAAGAUAAUCGCAUUGGAUCUGAUCAAAUUGAAGAAAAAUGAGUUUGUUGAGUCCAAAAACAGAGAAGCUGGUGAAAAGGGUAACCAUUGUUGCAACCGUCACCGCUUCCUAUUUUCUCUUGACCGCUGAUUAUGGCCCUCAGCCCAACGCUCUCGACCCUGUUAAGAAGCAAAUACUUUCAGCUCAGAGUACUGUGAAGGAGUACAUUUUCGGAUCAAAAAGAGAGUCUCAAGAAAAUAACCUGGCGAAAUUGGACAGCGGCAAGGAGAAUCCAUGAACUUAUCUUGAUACUAUGAUCAUAAACAUUUGAUUCAUCUUGAUGAGUGAAGGUUUUCUUUUUAGCCAUUUGCAUAUGUGAAUUAAUGUUGUCUAAUAGAAUGGUUUAAUGACAAGAAAUGUUUGUUAUACUCAUUUUACAUGUGAAAGUGUGCCGACUCAAGUUCAGUACCAAUGGCAUAAAUGACAGAGUAGCAUCAUUGUCAGUUUUUCCAUUGCUAUACUCUUCCCAACGUCCAUUUUCUUACUUUAAUUAUGUAUUGAUGUGUUUCGUUUA